CCCACUCAUAAGCAAAAAAAAAAAAAAAUAGUGACAUUUAAAAAAAAAAAAAAACAGAGGGAGAGAGAGGGAGAGACAAACAAAGCCCAACCCAGAUGGCAUUUUGGCAGUUCCUCAGAAAACUCAAGGACAAAGCUGUAGCUUCUCAACUACAAAAGCAGCGGCCCCUCCCACCACAUCUCCCAAAAGCCAGCUGGAGUGAGGAGGAGAAAUCAGCAAACAAAAAACAGGCACCCAAAAGGAAAGAAAAGGGAACACAGUAAUGGCUUUGGUCACAGAAGAUGUAAGAGCCAAUGCUGAGAUUUAUCAUGGGCAUGAGAUCUGCCAAGAGAAGUCACAGCUCAUGCUCAAGGACAUGCUCUUGCCCACUGGCCUCUUGCCUUUACAAGACAUAGAAGAAUGUGGGCAUGUCAAGGAAACUGGCUUUGUGUGGAUGAAGCAGAAGAAGAAGACAACCCACAAGUUCGAGAAGAUUGGGAAGCUUGUGUCCUAUGAGCCUGUGGUCACAGCUUAUGUUGAGACCAGCAGGAUCAAGAAGCUGACCGGUGUGAAGGCCAAGGAGCUCUUGAUUUGGAUCACACUGACAGAUAUCUAUGUCGAUGACCCGCCCACCGGAAAAAUCACCUUCAAGAGCACUGCUGGGCUGUCCCGGACCUUCCCGGUCUCGGCGUUUGAGCUUGAAGAGCCCAAGGACUUGAAGGAAGUGAAGGAAGCCAACAGAGUUGUGGCUGAGGCACAGGAGGCGAAGGAGGUUUAACUGCAGAGUUUUGAUCAGUACUAAGUUGAUCAUAUGUUGCUUGCUUCAUGAUCUCCAUUAAGAUAUUUAAUUUUCUGGUUUUAAUAUUAUGCAUGCAUGGUGGUGUUCUCUAGUAGUGCUCUUAUUAAAUAAAAAUGAAGCUUUAACAA